UGAUACAAGAUGGGUCUAUAUAAAGUCGUUUUAGUUGUUGCUUACAUCCGUACAAUCUUAAUAUAUCCUUGUAUUGCAAGUGGUGUAGAGUAUAUAAAAAUAGUAACUUUAAAUGGUGAAUGAAAUCCAUAGAUCAUAAUGAAAGUUAGUCAAUGGAUGCAGCUAAGUCUUUCUCUAUUAACGGUGUUAUGAUAUGUAAUAGUCUAGUUGUACUUAAAUGUAUAUUUCUUAUGGAUAUAUUGUUGCUAGGCAUAGCUAUGUAAUUGUAAAUGGAUUUUUAUAUACACGUGAUUUCGAAACUUAGAAAAGAAUAAGCGAAAUGUACGUACAAAAUGUGCUACAUGCGUUUUCUUUUUUUUCUAUAUAUAUUUUGUUGUGACACAAACGCAAUACGCUAGUAUCACGUCGGGGUCACCAGAAUGUCGAGGAGUAUUUUCAAUGUAUUUACUAGCUUGGACACUAACAAACAUAUAGGACGUGUUCAAACCACGUCAGAGUCACCAAAAUGUUUUGUUUGUUUUGUUCGGUGUAUCUAAACGACAAAAUAGUCAAUUUCCUAAUUGGUUGGUAUGAUUCGACCAAACGCUACGUCCGGUCUUACCAACUUAUUGAUUUGUUUCUUCUAGCACUUGGAACUAUAAGAAACGCUAAGAUAACAAAAAGGGAGCGAUCGAUGUGUUUCACAAAGACGAAUUUUAUUGUUAAAAAGAUGGCUGAUCGGGCGGCAAAGAAUGCUGCUUCUGCACCGCUAAUUAUGGAUGAUGUCAUAGAAAAGUUGGAUCUUCAAAGAUACAUUGGAAGAAAAUUUGAAGAGAAAUUACGGAAGGAAAUCUACAAUACCCCCAUCAGCAGUACUCUUUUAUUGGCCCUCAAUUAACUCCACCUUUAUAUCCCACAAAUAUUGAAAAAACCAAGAUCCAAACUUCUUCGAGAAUAUGCGU